AUGCAUUUGUUCAAGGUAUUUGGGAUAGUCGUGUGGAUUUUGCUGUCGAUAGUCAAGGUGGAGUCGAAAGUUGCUGUACUCGGUCGUCUUAAAAAUGCGUACGUCAAGCUAACCAAAACAACGGAUCCUGUUAUAGAUCGUCUCCAGAGCCUUUUACCUGAACAUGAUAAAGACUGGAUUGAUUUCAAGGAAGGAAAGACACUUGAUCAAAUUGCUGCGGAGUAUAAAUUAGAAAUCGGAGAACUUGAUGCCUCAGGACCCAGUAGUGAGGCGUAUAGAGUAGUCUAUGGCUAUUUCAUGUUCUUGAAGAAACUGAAAAAGGCAAUCGGUAAAGACGACAAGGAAGCUCUCGAGUACGUGUAUAAGCGACAUGGUAACUUUCAAAAAGACCUUGAUAGUGAUAUGAAUAAACCAAAAUAA